UGUCCCCGAAAGGGAAGAUGACGGCCCACCACAAUGGGCCAAGCACUUGACCAGCACCAAAGACCCAUGGGACUUUCCUCCUCCGAGGGUGAUUCGACUGAAUCGGCACAAGUUCAGGUGCCAAAAGCCCUAUGAGGACAAAACAUUCAAAGUCCCCGACUCUGGUACUGCAGAUAGACUGAGGCAUCUUAAAGCUCUGACAAAGAUUUCAUCCAGUAAGAAGACCUUGAACCCCUUAGAGGAGCUGAAAGAGAUCAGGGAAGGAAAACUUCCACUUCCUCUGGAGGUUCCUGAGUGCAGGGAACCCAGACCAUCUGCCUUACGGCCUGACACCAGAAAAAGAGCAGCCUCAACUUUUGUGCCCAUACCUGAGAAGGUGCAAAGAUGCCUGGAUAUGUCUACUGUCCUUGAACAACCUAUGGACUUUGACCAGUCGGGCACCAUACCACCUGCAACAUCUUCAAGACACAGUGCAACGUUCAACGCAGAUGACACAGUGCCUGGGCCAUCUUCUGCUGACUCGUCCACUGACCAACAUGGACAGGUAAUUUCCCCACAUAGUCAAGGGUCCCUGCUACCUUUCCCACCUACCAAAGGAGCUCUGGGAUCUUCCACUUCUCCCCAAGAUGCUCAGGGACUAUCCCUAUCCACCCAAGCUCCAGGGGCUAUGGGUCAUUCCACAUCUGCCCAGAGGCCUCUCACUUUUCCUGAAAGGAAAAUCAAACAUGUCUCUUCUUCCAGAAGGGGUUUCAGAAAUCCAUCCUUUACUCAACGGAUCACUGAUCCCCCAAAGUGUUCUAGACAAGCCCCUUCUGACCAAGGGGGCCUCCCAAAGGCCCCACCAGAGAAAGAGGGUUCUAAACCUUCUUCUUCAAAAGGGGACCUCAGUGAUUCCUCAUUUCCCCAAAAUGGUUUGAGUCCUACCACCUCUCCUCAGGGGAUUUUAACACCUUUGAGAACUGCCAAAGGUGGAAGGAGUGCUACUCCCUCUCAUGAAGACAGCCAAAGAUGUUAUCCCUCUCCCCCAAAGGGCCCUAAGCAAUCCACUUCUGUUGAAGUGAGCUUGAGUCCUGCCUCCUCUGACAAAGACAAUUUCAUAACUUCCUCAUUAAACCAAGAGGGCUUUAAAUGUCCUACACCAUUAGGAAAUGGGCUCAGAUCUUCCCUGAGAGCCCAAAGAGAGCUAAGCCCAACCACUAUACCCCAAGUGAGCCUCACACCACUCAUUCCUGCACAAGCACAAACAAAAGUAUCUACACCUAUACCAGGGCCUCAAGGACCUUUGCCAUCUCUAGAAGGUACACAAGAGAGUUCUAUCUAUCCACAAGAGGUGCUGGCAACUCCUGAGUCUGCCCAAGGGAUUCUUGGUCCUUCUGAACAUACACAAAGGUCUCUAGGGCCUUUGCCAUCUUCCCUAGGGGUUCUGAGUUCUUCCAUAUCUGUUGAGGGGACCCCAGGGUUAUCCACAUCUAGAGAAAAGAGUAAAAGACCUAUUCUCUCUCACAAAGAAAGAUUCAAAUCUAAUCCUGCUAUGAAAAGGGACCCUGGACCUUCUCUCUGCAGAAAAAGGAGAUUGAGAGAUCCUCCCUCUAAACAAGGGAACUUCACAGUGUCCUUCACAGACCAAGAGGGCUUCAACCAUCCCCUCCCAGCCAAAAUGAUCCUCCCGACUUGUUAUUGGGCCCCAAAUAGGCACACAUAUUCCAAAACACUCAGUGUGAGCCAAGCAAGUUCCAAUGCUGCCCAGGAUGCUGAGACAAUACAGCCUUCACUACAUCCUCAAGAGUCUCUACAACUUUCCACAUAUGUAGGAGAGGCUCUUGGAAUUUCUACAUAUACACCAGGGACACCAGAACAUUCCCCACCUGUCCAGGACUCUCUGGGUUCUGCCCUUUCUGAUAAAGCAACUAUAGGAGAGGGUACAUCUACAAAAAGGUUUUCAGCCACAUCCCCAUUCUUGGAAAUGGCUCUGGGAUGUGACACAUCUACAAAAGAUGUUCACGGAGUUCGGGGUCCAACCCUAGGUGAUCGAGGGGCUAGGGGACAUGACACGUGUACAGAAGAAUCUGUAGCCACAUUCACAUCUAGAAAAGGGGAUUCCUUGGAUUCCUCCUGCACACAAGCACCCACAGGACCUCCAACCACAUCCCAGGAGUCUGAGGGAACUUCCCCACAAGCUACCACAACUACACAAGAGGCUACAGAUCCUUUCCUGUCUGCCAAAAGGAGAGUUAGUCCUUCUACAUGCUCAAAAGUGUCUCCAGAACAUCCAGCAAAUACUUCAAGGGCUCAGAAUUCUAACUUAUCUCCCCAAGGGGCCUUGGAACCUGUCCAGCUCACUCUGGAACCUGACAACUCUAUGCAAAAGGCUUCAUUGCCUUCUCCUUCUGAACCAAGUGUUCCUAGAACAUCCACAUAUACACAAGCUCUAGUAAAUUCCUUACCUGCCCUUGAGGCUCUUAGACCUCCCACAACUACCCAGGAUGCUCUAGCAGAGACCACACCUACAGAGGAAGUUCUCGUAACUUCCCCUCAUUCUGAAGCCAUAGACAAGAAACACAUAUGUGCACUAGACACAUUAGCACCUUCUUCAUCUGAUAAAGAGGGCCCAGGAGCUACCACAUCUAAACAAUGUGCUUUACCAUCUUCCCCAUAUACACGAGAGGGGUUCAUAAGGAUCCCCUCUCUGGAGGGAAAUAUUAGAUAUUCUCCCUCUGCCCAAGUGGACCCUGGGCAUCCCCUUUAUACCAAAAAGAGGUUGAGAGAUGACCCUUCUGGCCAAGGGGACUUCAGACCUUCCAUGUCUGAGGAAGACAGUUUCAACAGUCUCCCUUCUGCAAAAAGGGGGCGUGAAUCUUCUCCUGCUUCCAAGGAAACAUCGGAAACAAGUACUACUCAGGUAAGUCUCACACCUUCAUUAUCUAUUCAAAAGACCCUGGAAUGUUCCACAUCUGACCAAAAGACUUUGGGACCUGACCAAUCUAUCCAAAUGUCUCUUGGGCAUUCUAGAUCUUCCCAAGAGGACCGAGAGUCUUCUCUGCUUGUCCCAAAGGGUCUAAGACAUUCACCAUCUGCCUCACGGGGUCAGAGACAUUCUUUAUCUUUGUCAAAGGCUCCAGAAAAUUCUGUCCAUGCAAAAGGGUCUUUGCUACUUUCAAAAUCUGUCCUAGGAGCUGUGAAAUCUUCCCUGUCUUCCCAACGUUCUAAGGGAAAGUCCACAUUUAUCCAAAGAUCUCUUGGACAUGUGCCAUUAUCACAAGAGUAUCUGACAUCUACUGUGUCUUCCAAAGUAUCUAAAGAUCCUUCUGCCUCCUGCCUUCUUGCUGCAGAACACUUACCAUACCCCCCAGGGUCACCAGUACCAUCAACAUCUAAGCAGGGCUAUCUCAGAACUUCACCAUAUGACCAAGUGUCUCUAGAAAAAUCAUUUCCCCCAGGAGGUCUGAGUUCUUUCCAUUCUUCCAAGGUAACAAUGGACCAUGUGCCAUCUGCUCAAGGGACUCAGGGAAGUUGUACAUCUUCCCUGAGUUAUUCUCGACAUUUAAAGCCCCUCCGAGGAGAUCUGGGACUUUCCUCAUUAGAACAAGGAGCUUUGGGACAUGUUCCCACAGCUCAGGGGGCUCUGGAAACUUCUUCAUGGCCACACAGGGUUAAAGGACCUUUGGUGUGUUUGCAAAGUACUUUGGACCUUCCCAAGCCUUCCCAGGGAGCUGUUGGUACUUCACCAUCCACCCAAGGGGUGCAAGGAACUUUGUUAUCUUUCCCAAGCAAAGUAGGAACUUCCAAAUCUGCACAAAGAUUUUUAAGAGUUUUUCCAUCUGCACAAGCAGCUUUGAAAACUUCUCCUUUGGCCUCUGUGGCUCUUGGACCUUUACCAGUGACUCCAGAGCCUCUGGUCCUUCCAGCUUCAUCUCGCAAGACUCCUUCACAUUUGCCACAUGUUCAUCAACAUGUGGAGUUGUCUCAGUAUGACUCAGGGGCCCUAAAUUCGAUACCAUCUGCACAAUGGCAUCAGGGAAGUCCCUCAUCCUCAAAAGAGAGUAUAGCAUCUGUGCAUUCUGCCCAAGGGCCUGUGAAACAUUCUGUAUCUGCAGAAGAGUCUGUAGAAUUUUCCAAGUCCACACAAGGGACUCCAGGACAUUCUCUGUCUGGCCGAGGUGAUAUGGCACCUUUCCUGUCUUCCCAGGGGACAUUGUCCUCUGUGAAAGUGGAGACAUAUUCCCAUGUCCAAGGAUCUCCAGAACAUUUGAAAAAUGUCUCAGGAUUUUCUGGACCUAUGGUAGCUGACCAUGAUCCUGUUUCAAUUUCCUUACCUGCCCAAAGAACUGUCCCACAUUUGCCAUCUUCUCAAGGGGAUGUGGGACAUUCCCUGUCUGCCAAAAGAGCUCCAGAAAGGUCCACAUUGGAACAUGGAACUGUACAACAUUUGAAACCAGCUCACAAGACUCUGAUAAGACCAUCAUCUUUCCAUUGGGGUACAGGGCAUUGUCAACAUGCCCAGCAUGCUAUAGAACAUUUACCACCUAGUACAGGAGCUCCUAAACAUUCUUCAACUCAUCAGGGGACUCAUGGAUGUUUGACAUCUGCCCAAGAAACUCCUGAUAUUUUGCCAUCCAACUCUGACCCUGUGGCACAUUCUCCUUCAGCCACUGGUGGUCUGGAAUCCUCUCCACCUGCUCCAAGGGCUCAUGGACAGAUGGUAUCUGACAAAGGGCCUGAAACACUUUCCUUAUCUGAACAGGGGUCUCUGGGUCACUUGAUAUCUACCCAAGAGUCUCAAGUACAUUCAGCACUUUCAGUAGGGAGUCUGACACCUUGCCAAUCUCACAAGAAAGGACCCAGAAAUUUGACGACUUCACAAACAUUUUUAGAGUAUGCUCCAUGUACUUCAGAGAAUCUAGGAGCUUUGUCAUCUGCUCUGGGGCAUAUGGCACUUUCCUCAUUAGCAAAAAAGUCACUAGGCCAUUCAAGAUAUGCCAAAGCAGAUGUGGAAUCUUCUUCCUCUGCCACAGGUUCCUUAAGACCUAUGGCAUUUGCUCAAAAGUCUUUGGAAAAUUCCUUAUCUGGACAAGGGAUUAUAGAAAUGUUGCCAUCUUCCCAGGGGGGAGUGGAACCUUUCCUUUCCACCCAAGGGGCUGUGAAGCUGUCCACAUCCACAAAAGAGAGAGUAGAAAAUAUAUCAUUUCCUGAAACGCCAGUGAAAACUCCUACUUCUUUACAGGAGACUUCAAGGCCAUCUCUAUUGAUCCAAGACCCUCCCCAACAUUCACUCUCUGUUACAGAAGAUUUGCAAUCUUCCUCAUCUGGUCAGGGACCUCAAGGCACUUUGUUAUCUGUGAGAGAAAGUGUAGAAGACACACCAUCUGCACCAGAUGCACAAGAAAUUUCUCCAUCAACUUCACAGGCCCUAGAACCUUUGGUAACUACCUCAGGGCCUCUGCAAAUUUACACACCUGACAAACAGACUCCAUGUCCUUUGCCAUCUUCAUUAGGGGAAGAAUAUUCCACUUCUUCCAGAGGGGUUCUGGGAGGAGCACUUCCUGUUCAAAAUAUUCUUGCCCAUCUGUCAACUAGAGGAGAGGCUGUAGAGUCUACUCAUUCUGCUCUAGGAAAUACAGAUAUUUUUCCAUUUGCUCUAGGGUCUUCAAAACUUUCCUCAUUACAAAAUACAACUCGAGAUCUUUCCCUCUGUCCUCAAGGGGUAGUGGGAUCUUUUCUUUCUGAACAAAAGUCUUUAGGGCCAUCUCCAUCUGUUCGAGGUUCUCUAGGACCAUUGGCAACUACACUAGAGACUGGGGCGUCUUCCCUAUAUGGAGAUGAUACUGUACAUCUGUCUGCAUCUACACCAGGGUCUGAAGAACAUUUGCAAUCGACCCUUGGGUCUUCACCACCUACACAUUAUAACCAGAUGAAGGUAGAAUGUUUUCCAUAUGUCCAUGGAAAUCUUGAACCUUCUCUCUCUGAUCAAUGGGUACUGGGAAUGAACAAGUCUGCAGAAAGGAUUCUAGAAAAUUUACCAUCUUAUCAAGGGGCUAUGAAACAUCCAAGUUGUUCCCAGGAGGAUAAUAAAUCUCUAUCUGGCCAAGGUCAUCUACCACAUUCACCAUGUGUCACAGAGGCUUUGGGGACUGCUCCAUCUGAUCAGGGAGCUGAGGAUUCUUUGUUAUGCCCCUCAGGAAGUACAGAACAUCCACCAUCUAUACCAGUUGCUCAGGUGCAGAAAACUGGUUUAUCUACUACAUGGCCUCAAGACAUGUUAUUAACUACAAAACAGCAUCGCAAAUUUUCCACAGCAGCCUGUGAUGCUCUGUGUCCAUUGCCAUCCACCCUAGAUGUUGUUGAGCUUUCUACAUCAUCUCCAGAGUGUCAGGGACCAUCCCCAUCUCCCAAGGGAGAGCUAGGAUAUUUUUCAACUAUAGGACAGGCUGUAGAAUAUUCUCCAACAGCCUCACAAAGUACCAGAAUACUGUCCUCAACCCAAGAGUAUGGAGGGCAUUUGUCAUCUUACACAGGUACUCAGGAAUCUUCUCAAUCUGACCCAGGGGGUCUAGCACCUUUGCUUUCUUCCCAAGGUCCUCCAAAACCUUCCAUAUUGACUCAAAGGAUGCUGGCUCCUUCAGCAUCUGCCCAAGAGUCUCUAGAACCUUCUGAAUCUUCCCAGCAUGUUCUGGGAACUCAACAGUCCUCCCAGAGGAUUCAUGAAUAUUUUCUACCUGAGAUAGAGCAUGUGGAUACUUUUACAUCAGUUUCAGGGACUACUGUAAGUUCACCACCUGCUUCAAAGUCUCUACAGCAUUCUUCAUUACUACCAGUUACUUCAGCAACUUCUCCAAAUGGCCAAGAGCUAGGGAGAUCUAGCAUGUCUUCACAAAGGAUUCUAGAAAUGUCACAAUCAGCACAAGGGGCUUUAUCACCUUUUGCCUCUGCCCAAGGUGAUGGGAGAAAAUCUCAAUUAGAAAAAGAUAUUUUGAAACAGUCUAUAUCAGCACAGGGGAUUUUAGGAUCAUUACCAAAAACCACAGGGGUUCUAGGAUCUACUCCAUAUGCCCACAGGAAGACAGGUAUAUUGUCAUCCACCCAAGAGGCUACAAAAGACUCUCUGUCUCCUCAAGGAGGUCUUGGACUGCCCAUACCUGCAAAAGGAACUCUAGGAAAUUUUCCAUGUGAGGAAGGACCUAGAAAACAUUCUGAUUCAUUCCAGGAGGCUUCUAGACAUUCUCUGUUUAUGCAAAGUCCUCUGGAACAUUCACCUUCUUCUGUGGAGGUUCUGAGACCUUCUUGUAGCCAGGUAAUUGAAAAGCCUUUGUUAUCUUCCCCAGGGGCUGUGAAAGCUUCAACAUCUUCACCAAAUGCUCAGAAAACUCUCCAAACUACUUUAGGGACUCUACCAACACUGCUUUCUAACCAAGGGCCUGAGGAACAGUCUGCAUCUGCCCAGGGGUCUACAGGAUGUGCCCUGUCUACCCAGAAAACCCAUGGAUCGUUAUGGUCUUCACCAGAGUAUGUAGAACAUUCACCAUCUGCAACAGGUGCUCAGGAACAACCUCUUGCUGCUCCAAGGACUCUAGGACCAUUGAUGUCUUCUAAAGGGUCUAAGGAACUCCCCACAGUGGCAGAUGGGACAUUGCCUGUGCAUAGUUCUUUGUCAUCCGUUCAAUGGACCCCAGACCCUUCAGUAAAUUCAGGGGUUGGGGAAUCAUACCAAUACUCCCAGAGUACGUUGGGCCCUUUGCCUCAUGUAGUAGAUGGUGUGGAUUCUUCUCAAUCUGAUCCGGGGACUGUGGGACCAUUGCCAGUGCCCCUAGUGCCUGGAAGACAUUCUACUUCUACCCAAGGAGCUGCAGGAUCUUUUUCAUCUAACCAAGGGUAUGUAGCUCCUUUUAAAUCUGCCCUAGAACCUCUGAAACUUUCCAUAUCAGCCCAGGCAGUGCUGCAUACAUCACUAUCUACUGAAGGGUCUCUACAGUCUUCAGCACCUUCUGCAGAAGUUCCAGAACCAAACACAAACUCCCCAUCUACUGGAGCAACGUCAGGAACUUCUCCAUCUACUGUAGGGCAUAUGGGUCACUUUGCUUCACCACAAGUGACUCCAUCAUCUUCUCAUUCUGAUGAAGGGGUUGUCAGACUUUGCCAAUCAGCACAAGGGACUCUGACAAUGCUCAAAUCUACACAAGAAGCUGGAGGACCAUGCCUGUCUUCACAGGGUACUCUGAAAGUUUCUACAAGUACACAUGACAAUCUAGCGACAUCCAAUUCUUCAAAAGGGCAUUUGGGAGAUUCACCAUCUACUCCAGUGACUCUAGGAUCUUCUCCAUCUGCCCAAGUGGAUUUAGGGGUUUCUCUACCUGUCUCACGUUCUCUGAGAACACCUGUGUCUUACCAGGGUGUUCUAGGAACAUUGACAUGUACACAAGGGGCUAUGAAACUUUCAUCAGAUAGGCAAGGGAAAACAGAACCUUUGCCAUAUGCCCAAGAUAAUCUGGGACUUGGGUUUCCUUCCCUGGGAACUCAGGGACCUUCCCAAUUUUCCCAGAGGGAAGUAAAAGUAUUGCCAUCUGACCAAGGGAAUUUCAAAACUGCUCUGUCUACCACAGGGCCCAUAAAAAAUAUUUUAUCUGCCUCAGAAUCACCAAGACUUUUCACUUCUGUGCUGCAAGAUGCUAAAAGCCCUUCCCUACACUACAAAAAUAAUUUUGGACUGUCCACGUCUUCAGAGAAGUGUCUAGAAUAUACACCAACUACCCAAACUUCUGUGGAACAUUCUCCAUCUAGCCAAGUGUCACUGACAUCUACCCCAUCUGAACCAGGUACUCAUUCCCUACCAGAACAAGUGUGGCAGAAUGUGUCUGCACCCACAAAAGUGACUCUGGGACAGUCCCCACCUCAGGGAAUGUGUGGAGGAAAAUUAUCAUCUUCCCAAGGAGCUGUGGGCUUUUCUACAUCAGGACAAAAGUCUCUAGGACAUUUGUCAUUUGCCCAAGGGUCACAAGAAUCUUCCACAUCUUCCCACAAAGUGGUAGGCUCUUCCUAUUAUCAAGAGGCUGUAGCACAGUUCCCAUCUGUUCAAGGAGGUGGACUUUCUUCCUCUGCCCAGGGGAUGCUGGGAACUUUACCAUCAUCUCAAGUUACUCUUGAAACAUCAUCUUCUCUCCAGAGAACUAUAGAAGUUUCGAUAGAUGCACAUGGUACUCUACAACUUCAGUCUUAUUCCCCAGGGUAUCUGCGACCUUCCCAAUGUACUUCAAAGGCAUCAGAAAAGUUGCCAUCUCCCCAAAUGACUUUUAAAUUUUCAGAAUCUUCUUCUUCAGGGACUCAAGGAACUUUGCCAUUUGUCCCAGGUACUCUGGGACAUUCAAUAUCUGCCCAAACUGCUGUUUGCACUUGUGAUUCUGACCAAAAUUUUCAGGGAUCAUCAACAUCUCUCCAGGAUACUCUUGAAAUUUCUUCAUCUUCUAAAGGUUCACUGAGAUCUACUCCAUCUGUGCCAGGAACCUUGAAACCUUUAUUAUCAUCCCAAUUGUGUUCAAAAUUGUCUACAUCUGCCCAAGGGUCUCAAAGACCUUCAAUACCUAAGCAAGGGUGUUUACGAGAUUCACUAUCUACACAAGUGAAUCUGGGAACUUCCAUAUCAGCACAAGAAUAUUUAGGGCAUUCAAAACCUGAUCAAGGGUUUCAGGCAACUUCCACAUCUUCCCAAGAGAAUCCUAGGACUUCUUUAGCCCAAAAGGCUUUAGCACAGUCAUCAUCUGCUCCGGAAAAUUGUGGACCUUCUCAAUCUUCAGCAGGUCCUCUAGGAACAUCACUCUCUACCCAAGGUGGUAGAGAAACAUCAUCAUCUGUCCAAGCAUCUCCAGAAACUUCCACAUCUUUCCAAAAGCAUCUUGGCCCUUCUUUAGCCCAAGAGGUUUUAGCACAGUCAGCAUAUGAUCCUGGAGAUGGUGGAUUUUCUCAGUUUUCAAAAAGUACUCUAGGAACUUCACCAUCUCCCCAGGGUGUUACAGAAACACCCUCAUCUGCCCACGAGUCUAUAGAAUCUGCAACAUCUGCUCAAAGUGUUCUAGGAAUUCAGUAUCCUUGGAAGGGAAAUCUGGGUCCUUCCAAAUUUACACAAGUGACACCAGGACCUUUGCCAUCUUCCCAAGAGGUUUGUGGGACUUUAAAAUCUAUCUCAAGGUAUCUAGACAUUUUGGUGUCUCUCCUACAGAGACUAAAACUUUCAACAUUUGCCCAAGGGGUGGUGGGCCAUUUCAUAUCUGACCAAGUGAUAGUGGGAACACCUACAUUUUCUCAGGAAUCUCUGGAACAUUCUCCAUCUGACCAAGUGUCUGUGAAAUCUGACCCAUUUCAAAUGGGGCCUGUAAGACCUUCACUAAAAGACCAAGGUUUACAGGAAAUGUCUUCAGGUGAAAAAGUGACUCUACAAGAUUCACCACACCAGCACAUCUAUUUAAGAAAUACAUUGUCUAACCAAGGGACUUUGGGGUUAUCUAUCUCAUCACAAGAACCUCUUGGAAAUUCACCAUCUGCUCAAGGAUCUCACAAUACUUCCUUGUCAUUCCAAAAGGCUCCAAUCACUUAUUUGCACCUAGGUCCUUUAGAAAAGUCAUCAUCUGAUCCAAGAGAUCUUGGACUUACUGAAUCUACCCAGGAGACACUAGGAACAUCACCAUCUACCCAGAGUACUCUUGAAAUACCAUCUUCUAACCUUGGUAUUAUAGAAACUUCAUCAUCUGUUCAUAAUUCUUUAGGACAUCUGCCUCCUUCAGGGCAGACUAUGAAACCUUCUCUCCUUAUGACAGAGACUUCAGAAACAUUGCCAUCUACCAAAGAGGUAUGUAAUUUACCACAAUCUUCUCUGAGAAUUUUGGAAACUUUGCCAUCUACCCCAGGGUCUCUGGGUCUUUCACUAUCUGCCCAAAGUUCUAUGGGACUUAAUCUGUCUGAAAAAGAAAUUUUAGGGUCAUCAAUAUCUCCUGAGGAAACUCUGGAACCUUCUUCAUCUUACAAAGCAUCUCUUAGACCUACACCUUCUGCAACUGGAACUGUGGUAUCCUCCCCAUCAGAACCAGGUUGUCAGAAAAUAUCUUCAAGUGUACGAGGAGAGUCUCAAUCUCAGCAAGUCUGUGUAGGAAACUCAUUGCAUUCACAAGAAGUUCUGGGGCUGUCUAUAUUAUCACAAGAACCUCUUGAACAUUCACCAUAUGCUCAAUGGUCUCCAGAUGCUUUCUUGUCAUCUCAAGGGGAUCCAGGCCAUUGUUUGGACAAGGGGCCAUUAAGACAGUUGUCAUCUGAUCCAGAUGAUCUUGGACAUGGUGAAUCUGCACAGGGUACACUAGGAAUAUCACCUUGUACAGAAAGUCCUCUAGAAACACCAUCUUCUACCCAUGGGAUUAUAGAAACAUCACCAACUUCCCAAGAUGAUCUAGGAUUUCCACAUCCUUCAGAGCAGCCUCUACAACCUUGUUCACUUACUCCAGAGAUAGCACAACCCUUGCCAAUUAACAAAGAGAUUUUUAAAUCUUCAGAGUCUGUGUCAGGGACUCUAGAAACUUUUGCAUCUGUGCCAGGGGCUCUGGAAAUUUUGGAAUCUGACCAAGGUGCUCUAGGCCCUUUGGUAAGUGACCAAGAGAAUCUGGGACAAUCAACAUCUCUCCAUGAUACUCUGGAACACUUCAAAACAGCCCAACAGCCUCUAGAACCUGUGAGAUCUAGCCAAGAAAAUGUUGGACCUUCCUUUUCAGCAGAGUUUGCAGGUGACUUUAUGCCUCUUCCUUCACAUGAAGUCUAUAAAAGGCAUUCCCCUUACCCCAAAAGAAGGCCCAGACUUUCCAGUUCUACUAAAAGUGUAUUGAUAUGUGCCCCAUUUACUGAAGAGGAUAUCAGAUAUUCCAUUUCAGAACUUGAUGCCUUAAGAGGUAUCUGUUCUGCCAAACAAAGACUUGCAUCUUCCAGGUAUGUCAAAAAGAACUCAAGUCCUACCUCUGCUCUUCAAAGGAGUGUUCCUCUCCCAACAUUAUCAGACUUGAGCUGCAGAUAUAGUUCCCCUCCUACAGACGAUCUCAGAUAUUCACCUUUUCCAUGGGGUGUGUCUAGACAUUCUAAAUCAAUGAAAACAAAAUCAAGACAUGAUUCUAUAGAAGCAGGCCUCAAGUCUGUCCCAUCAGAAGAAGACGGCUUGAAAUUUCACCAUUCUUCUAAAGAGGGACACCACAGAUCCUCACAAUCUCAUGAGAAGGGACUCAGAAGUUCUCCAUCUCCCACAGGGGUCACUAGAUGUUCCAAAUCUACCAAAAGCAAAUUGGAGCAGGCCCCCUCUAACAAAGCAGAUGUUCAUAUUUCCCAUUCAGAGCAUGAGGGCUGCAAACAUUCAUCUUCACCAAAAAGAGGACACAGACAUUCAUCUACCAAAAGGGACCAGAAACCAAAGGAUACUACUGAAGAGAAGAUAGAACCUUCUAUCUCUAAGGAACACCAUAGAUCCUCACGAUCUCAUGAGAAGGGACUCAGAAGUUCUCCAUCUCCUCAAGGUAUCUCUAGACAUUCCAAAUCUACCAAAGCAAAAUUGCAUCAGUCCCCCUCUAACCAAGGAGAUGUUCACACUUCCAAUUUACAUCACAAGGGCUGCAAAAAUUCCUCUUCAUCAAAAAAAGAGCACAGACAUUCAUCUGCCAAAAGGGAUCACAAACCAAGAGAUAACCCCGAAGAAGGCAAAGAAUCUCCAAUCUGCACAAAAGGGGACAUGGGAACUACUCUCUCUCAUAGAGAGAACUUCAGACAUUCCACCACUCCCUAUGGGACUUCAAGCCAUAUUGAUUCUACUUCCACCAGGACAAGACUCAGACAUGCCACCCAAAUUUACUCAAAAAGCCACCCAAAUUUCCCCUGA